AUGUUCAGCCUCGCUGUAAUCAAGGACACUGUUCCCAUCCACCCGCAACACUUUGGGAUCCCACCCGAAGAAGCGAUCACAGCCGAACUAAACAAAAAGUACGCCAACCGCGUCCUGCACGAUGUCGGCCUGUGUAUCUGCGUUUUCGACCUCACUGAAGUCGGAGACGGACGUGUUCGAUAUGGAGAUGGGUUUUUGUGGUACAAAGUCACGUUUAGAAUGACAGUUUUUCGACCGUUUGUGUCAGAGGUGGUCGUAGCGAAAGUGAAAAGCUCUGACGAGCGCGGGAUCCGAUUGACAAUGGGUUUCUUCGACGACAUAUAUAUCCCUGCCAUCUACCUCCCCCAACCAUCCGUUUUCGACCGCCACGAACGUGCAUACUUCUGGCUCCCCGACUCUCCCCUCACCGAUUCCAAUGACCUGCUCAACACACCGACGUCCGAACGAAUGUACAUCGACCAGAACGAGGUCGUCCGUGUCCGCGUGGAGCAGGAUGAGUUCUUCGACGAUGAACCGGGGCCUGUGAAGGUUGUCGAGGGCGUGGUUCAAGAGAGGGUGACUUCGAGACCUCCGUAUACCAUUACCUGUUCCAUCGCAGAGCAGGGGUUGGGCCCUGUUGCAUGGUGGGCGGGCGCUCAGCAAAUCGAAGAAGGGGCAGAAGAGGAUGGCAUGGAAGAGGCCUGA